AUGUCAAGCAAAGCGGGCGGCAAGCGACCGGCGACCAUCACCAGCGAGCCCUCCAACCACACCAUGGUGUCAGAGGUGCCCCCAGAGCGCGCCGGAGGCCGGGCUUCGCGCUCCUCCCGCAAGGGCAUCGCCUUCGGGAAGCGCUCCAAUUCCAUGAAAAGGAACCCCAACGCCGCGGUGACCAAAAGCGGCUGGCUCGACAAGCAGGCCAGCUCGGGGGUGAAGCAGUGGAACAAGCGCUGGUUCGUGCUGGUGGAUCGCUGCCUUUUCUACUACAAAGACGAGAAGGAGGAGAGCAUCCUGGGCAGCAUCCCCCUCCUCAGCUUCCGCGUGGCGGCUGUGCAGCCCUCCGACAACAUCAGCAAAAAAAAAGAAGCACACGCCGAGCAUGCUGGCAUCCGGACCUACUUCUUCAGCGCCGAGAACACGGAGGAGCAGGAGUCCUGGAUCCAAGCCAUGGGCGAAGCCGCCCGGGUGCAGAUCCCCCCGACUCAGAGGUCAGCGCCUGCUAUCUCCCCGCACGAGAAGCCAGACUCUGAAAACAUCCCCCCCAGCAAACACCACCACCACCACCGCAACGCCGCCCACCGCGAGCACCCCAAAGCCGACCCUGACACCAAGACCCGGGGAGAAGGCGACGGCCGUGGCUCAGAGAAGAUCGAGAGGAAGUCAGAGAGGACGGAGGGCAAGAAGGAGCCCUUGGCCAAAGCCAAUGGCAUCGCUGGGCAGGAGAUGCCCUCAGAGCCCGGCAGUCCUUACCCCGAGGCGCCCCGGGUGCCGGCGAGCGUGGAGCGGCCGCCCCAGCCCAACGGCUGGCCAUACUCAUCACCCAGCCGCCCUGGCAGCACCGCAUACCCCCCGCCCGAUGGGGAGAGCGUGGCCCACCGCCGGGGCUUCGCCCCCCGCACCAACCCUGAGAAGAUCGCCCAGCGCAAGAGCUCGAUGACGCAGCUGCAGCAGUGGGUGAACUCGCGCCGGGGGGCCGUGCCCCCCGAGGAGCUGCGGAGCUACUAUUCCCCCUACUCGCCCCAGUACCCUGAGGACUACCAGUACUACCCACCUGGGGUGCGCCCCGACAGCAUCUGCUCCAUGCCCGCCUACGAGCGGGUGAGCCCACCCUGGGCGCUGGAGGACAAGCGGCACUCCUUCCGCAACGGUGGUACCUACCAGCUCCGUGACUGGAAGGAGCACCCCGGUUUUGGCCGGCAAGAUGUCCCGCUCUGGCUGCCCGGUCCAGGGAGGCAGCCGACCUACUUGGACGAGGUGGAUGCAGCCUCGGGCUCUCUGCGACGGAUGUCACUGCAGCCCCGCUCCCGCUCCGUGCCCCGCUCGCCCAGCCAGGGAUCCUACAGCCGGGCACGGGUAUACUCCCCGGUCCGCUCGCCCAGCGCCCGCUUCGAGCGGCUGCCACCCCGGGGAGAGGAGAUUUAUGCUGACCCCGCCACCUUCAUGAUGAGACGAUCCAUCAGUUCUCCAAAGGUGACGCCUUUCCCGGAGGCCUACAGGGAGACGCUGCACGCCUACAAGAUAAGCGAGCAAGACACCGAUAAGCUGCUGGGGAAGCUCUGUGAGCAGAACAAGGUGCUGCGGGAGCAGGAGAGGCUGGUGCAGCAGCUCCGAGCAGAGAAGGAGAGCCUGGAGAGUGCCCUGAUGGGGACGCACCAGGAGCUGGAGAUGUUCGGGAGCCAGCCCGCCUACCCAGAGAAGCUGCUGCACAAGAAGGAAUCGCUCCAGAACCAGCUCAUCAACAUCCGUGUUGAGCUGUCGCAGGCCAGCACGGCCUUGGCGAAUAGCACUGCUGAGUACGAGAGCCUGGAGAGCGAGGUGUCCGCCCUGCACGACGACCUCUGGGAGCAGCUGAACCUGGACAUCCAGAAUGAAAUGCUCAACCGGCAGAUCCAGAAGGAGAUCUGGCGGAUCCAAGAUGUGAUGGAGGGGCUGAGGAAGAACAACCCAUCCCGCGGCACGGACACUGCCAAGCACAGAGUGGCCAUUGGCCCCUCGGGGACGUACAGCUCCAACAGCCCCGCCAGCCCCCUGAGCUCGGCCAGCCUCACCAGCCCCCUCAGCCCCUUCUCCCUCGUCUCUGGCUCCCAGGGCUCUCCCACCAAGCCAGGACCCAGCGAGCCCAAGCCGAGCUUUGAGCAGAGCAAAAAAGAGUCGCAGCGACCGGCCCCCCCUGGGCCCCCCACCGAGGGGCUCCCGCAGAGCCGGCAGGAGCAGGAGGUGGAGAAGCAAGCGGCUCUCAACAAGGUGGGCAUCGUCCCCCCCAGGACCAAGUCUCCGGCGGAGGAGGAGGUGGUGCCUGUGGCUGGCGUGCCAAGGAGGAGAACUGGCGGCAUGGCCAACGGGCUCAGCUCUGGGGAGAGACCAAAGAGCGCUGUGUUCGCCAACGAGACGAAGGUGAAGAUGAGCGUGGAGGAGCAGAUCGACCGCAUGAAGCGCCACCAGAGCGGCUCGAUGAAGGAGAAGCGACGCAGCCUGCAGCUCCCCAGCAGCCAGCAGCCCGACACCCCUGGCACAAAGGCACCCACCUCCUACAAGGUGGUGCGCCGGCACCGCAGCAUCCACGAGGUGGACAUCUCCGACCUGGAGGCAGCACUGCGCUCCGACGACCCUGGCAAGGUCUAUGAGACGCCCCAGGAGGAGAUCGCUCGGCUGCGCAAGAUGGAGCUGGAGCCACAGCACUAUGAUGUGGACAUCAACAAGGAGCUCUCCACACCGGACAAAGUUGUCAUCCCCGAGCGGUACGUCGAGCUGGAGCCAGACACGCCGCUCAGCCCCGAGGAGAUGAAGGAGAAGCAGAAGAAGGUGGAAAGGAUCAAGACCCUCAUUGCCAAAUCCAGCCUGCAGAACGUCAUCCCUCUGGGCGAGGGGGAGGUGGACACUCCCCAGGACCCUGAGACCCAGCUGCAGGAGCAGGAGAAGAGGAUAGAGAUCUCGUGCGCGCUGGCUGCCGAGGCCUCCCGCCGGGGCCGCAUGCUCUCGGCUCAAUGCGCUACCCCAAGCCCUCCCACCUCCCCAGCCUCCCCGACUCCACCGACCAACCCCCUCUCGUCUGAAACAUCCCGGGUCGCCGACAACAGCCAUUUUAUGCGUGUCUGA